AUGACUGAUUUAGGUUAUGACUGGGCUAUAUUCUAUGUCAAUGAGCAAGCACAUAUCAUUCAUGGUUUACAGCACUGUAUCGAAAGUGGACACUACAAGCACAUGAUGUUUGUUUACUAUAUCCUAACCCAUUAUAAUACAAAGAAAUCAAAUAAUCUGAUUGACGACCAAUUGUCUAAAGACUGUGAAAGACUAGACAAUAAUGUUAUCCGAGAAAAGGAUGCGAAAGGUCUAUUUACUUUGCUUUGGGAGCCCCCCCGUUUACUAUUGUAUUGGAAGGAAGUUAAAGAGCACGAAAUUGUUGAUACACAGAAACCAGCAAAAAUACCUCGAUUAGAUGCAGAACCUAGACCGGAUCUAAUGGAAUAA